AAUCGGGCAACACCAGCCCCGCAUCAGCCACAAGCAAAAACACCCCGACAAUCGCGCUUGUAUUGUCUAGUCUAGAACGUUGCAAGACAGAGCUCGUUUAGGCUGAUUGAUUAUUAUCGUUGUGAUCUACGAAGCGCUUUGCCUUGCCACAUUAUCCGAUCUGGUCCAAUAACGAGCUGUUAAUUAAUUGAAGACGCGCAAGAUGUCGACCACGCCGAUCUCGAAACCACGAUCCUCAACGCCCACGGUGUUCGAGCAGCAGCGCGAAGAGCUAGUGCGAGAGAUUGCCGGGGGCAUGGAGGAAGUCCUCCAAAAUAUCAACCGACUGAACCGAAACCUAGAGAGCAUUAUCUCGGUGGGCAAUGAAUUCGGCUCCGUGGAGGCCCUCUGGUCCCAAUUUGAGAACUUCAUGGCCAAGCCGGAGCCAGAGGCCGAGAGUGCCGGGAAGCAGAAAGAACAUCACCCAGAGGAGGGGCAGAGCGAGGUCCAUGAGCAGGACUCAUAAGCUAUGAAAGAAGACGAUUCGACAUGAUUGCAUGCUAAGGGGUGUUCCGGUCUAGGAUUUUUGUUGUUCAUCAUUUACGCACUUUGUUUAUUAUCGGGAGGCAGAUACCAACAUAUCAAAUAGACAAUUUAUUGAUUCAGUUAC